AUGAACACACCAGUGAAUUCGGUGGUGCUUAAGAAAUUCAGUUUAGUUCAAAACAAAAAAUAUACAACCAUGAAGUUCUUCGUUGCCACCGCUUGUGUCCUGCUUUUGGCAUCCGGCAUCUCGGCCGAUCCUGUUAAGGCGGCAGCCGCCACCGACGAACAGCCCGGCGCAUUUGCAAAAUGCCUGGAAGCUGAUUCCAUCUCGUGUCUGCAGCUCACGCUCUUCCGCAAGGCCAAGUCCAUCUUUGAAAAUCCCCAAAUCGAACUCUUCGGCGGUGUCUCUCUGGUCAAGGCCAAUGAAGGACGCCAGGGCAAAUCGUUGGACAACUCCCUUGCCGUUGAGGCCGCACCCACUGUCGAGGCACGCACCGCCGAGAUGGGCAACUAUUUCAUGGACAAUGCCAAGAGCUUCUUGUCCGAGCGCUCUCUGAACUUCAACUUUGCCAAUGCCGCCCGCAGCGUUGCCCGUGCCAUUCCCGAUGACAUCAAGGCCGAUCUCCGUGAGCUGGUUGUUGAGUCGCGUACCCGCAAGAAGAAGCUGUUGAAGAAGUUCCUGCCCAUCCUUCUGGGUGUUGGUGCUAAGGUUGCCGUGCUCGCCGUUGGCGCCAUCUUUGGUCUGCUCUUCAUGGCCAAGAAGGCUCUGAUUGUUUCCGUGAUUGCCUUCUUCCUGGCUCUGGCUGCUGGUGCCUCAAGCGGUCUAGGUCGCCUGGGCGGCUCUGGCGGCGGCGGCGGUGGUCUGCUCGGCGGUCUGGGUGGUCUGUUCGGUGGCAAGAACUCCGGCUCCGCUGCUGUCAGCUCCGGUGGCUGGUCCUCAGGCGGCGGUGCUUCCAGCGGUGGCUGGUCCUCGGGCGGCAACUCCGGCUGGGACUCGCACGGUGCCUACAGCGCACCAGUCGCCCAGACCAUCGCCUACCAGGGCUACAAGCAGGCCAGGCGGUAA